AUGGUGGUCGGAAGAAACGUUACAUUGUGGAGAGGGACGCGCCAGCCUGUUUCCAAGGAAUGCAAGGAAAAGCCAAUUUGUAUUCCGACACUUGGUGAGAUCAUCAAAGACUGCAAAUGCCAGAAGUGUCCGACGGGCGUGCCCACGCUUGACGGCAACAAUUGUGAAGAGAACUGUCCAAAAGGUCAGGAGAAGAACGGCAAAGGCGGAUGCUGCCCCAUAGGUCAAGUGCCCACCGCAAAGGGUGAUGGUUGUGAAGCUAAGCAAGAUGGAAACGACAAGAAGGGUCCGUGUCCGGAUGGUCAAAUUCUCGAUCCCAAGCAUGGCUGGGACCCCAAGCCAGGAGACGCGAAAUGUCAAAUAGAUGACGAAAAGGGCUGCGCCAAACCAAAGAUUUCGGAAACGCGACCGGAAGGGAUGGAAGACGACCCGAAUUUCAAGCCACUCUGCGGUGAGCCGGACAAGGACGAUAGCAAAAGGCCUAAAUGUGACCCCAAGUCGCAAUAUGUUUACGUCUCGGUAGACACGGCAGGUAAAGCGACAGAGACAUGCAAACAAACAAGGAAAUAUCAGGAUCGGAAGCAAGGCAAGCCGACCAACAAAGACGUCAGAGCAAAGAUCAAGGAACAGUUCACACAACGGAAGCCUGAAUAUGAUGCGAGAAAUAAGGAGCGGGAAGAGUCGCUCAAGAAGCUGAAGGAGAUACAGGCUAAGAGAGACCAAGAGAUCAAGGAUAGAGAUGACAAGAUCAAGGACGCCAACGAAAAGAAGAAGAAACGCCAGGCCGAAUGUUCGACGCCCAUCGCACUACUGAUGGGUCUUGCUGCCAACGCAGCAGCGAACUCGAAGCGUGAUGGUGAGCACCCUUACGACUGGACAACCGAUUACUUUGACGAGGAAUAUACCACCUCCGAUGAUCGCCUGAAAGAGUGGCCUGACGAGGUGGAUGUGGACAAAAUCUCCGCUGAUGUUGACGAGAAAGCUUUUUUGAAGCAAUGGGAUGACGACCUUGAGGCUCGUAGGAGACCACCUCGACCUGGAUGCUCAUGGAACGGGAAGCGAUCACUAGACCGACGAUGCACGCGGAGGAGAUCGCUGGAUGACUGGACGGACGAUCUCGAACCCGUCGCUUUUCCCGACGAAGACAUUGACGACAACGACUUUUUCUCCGACGAAGACGAUAUCGACAACAACUUUUCUCUCGACGAAGGCAAUAACAACAACAACUCCUCCUUGAUCGAGCGAGACUUUGAAACUUACUCGACCGAUGUCAUUGUGAUCGAGAAACGCAACCCGUUUGUGGCGUUGAUGAGCCUCAUUGCUCAGUUCGCAUCCAGACUGGCCGUGAACUUCAUAGCUCGCCCAGUAGCAUCCAUUGCGGCGCAUUCGACCCGCCUUGCUUCGCUCAGGGCAAGGCCGGAGAGACUAUUCCAGAUCGCAACGAGAGGGCAAGGUACAAAAUCAGGCUUCAAGGGUAUGGACAAUGCCAAAGCUGCGAUCAGGAAAGAUAAGCGGUGGAUUAAAUGUCUUCGAGAGGGCAUUCCCUGA